AUGAAAAGUAAUAUAAGUAAAGUGGACUGGUGCGCAUCAGUUGUUGGCUCCACCAAGGGACCUUUCUUGCUUAUGCAAGAAGGAGGCUCAUUGUUUGUUCAAGCAGAACAUGAUUCAGCUACGUCUAGUUGGACUGAACUGCUCAAACAUCAGAUGGAAUGUACUGGACACCGCCUCGAAGACUGUAAACUUACUCCCGAUGAUGUACCUGUUAUUGUUGACAAAUGUGUAAAAUUCAUUUCUACAUAUGGUUUAUUUCAACCAGCAGACGAUCGUAAUAACAUUUGUGCUGUUUUAGAUGCAAUAAACGUACAUAUAGUGCCGGAAUCGGAUGAUAUAGUAAAUGUUGUGGCGGACGUUCUGCGAUCAUUCUUCCGGCAACUCGAUUCGCCCCUUAUCCCUCAUCACAUCCAGGAACGAUUGUUCGCCGUUGCGGAUAUGAAGCGUAUCUCUUUGCUGGAAGAAUAUCAUGAAAUCCUAAUGGGCUUGCCACGAAUCCGCUUGCAAACACUGCGACGAGUAUUGGAUCAUUUGAAAGAUGUUACUGAACAUGCAUAUGCAAAUUUAGCAACCGUUGAAAAUGUUGCCAAAGUUUUUGGACCGACACUAUUUUCUGUUGAACAGGAUCCACGAGCAAGCCAGGUGCAUAGUGGAUUCGCAUACACUGUACAGCAAGUGAAUUUGGUUAAGGAUCUGCUUACUUAUUACGCGUCCAUAUUUCACAUCUCGGCUCGAGAAAUGAGCAUCAAAUCGAAAAUGAACAUGCUACAGGAAAAUCCUAAAAAAGUCAAGGUUCGAGCGGAUGGUUUUCUUGUCCCUGUACAUAUCCUAGAAAAAGAUAAUCACACGUUUAAUGUGCAGUCAUCCUCUACGGCGGAACAGGUAAAAGCGUUCAUCCGGUCUAAUCACCCUUCCCUGUGUCUUCCUACUUCCAUGAUGAGAUCUUUUUUCUCUAAACCAGAUUUCGCUCUUGUAUUUUAUAUUCGUUUAAGGUAUGUGAAGCGGCGCGAAGCAGGCCUGCUGUGCGCAGCGAAAGUGAUAUCAGACAAGCUAGAAACGACACCGCACAAACUCUGGUCACUUUUUGAGCAUUUUGGGGUAUCCGCAUUGAAUUUCGAAAAGCGUGCUGUUAUUCAUAUUUUAUUCCAGGAGAUCAAGUGUGGUCAGCUAGAAAGGCGAGUAAAUGCGCUGGAAAAGAUGAGUUCGAUGGUGACCGGACGAUGGCUUGAUUGGGAGCCCACCGAGUGCUAUUUGUUAUUCAAGCGUGACCCCGCACCAUUUUCAUAUCGGUUAUUGUAUCCUUUUGCGAAUGAUGUCCGAAUAGCGGAGCCGGGUACAAAGUCAUUCAACGUUGGCCAUUUAAAAUUGGAGGGUGGACUGAUCACUUAUUACAAUAAGGCACUGAAGAAGUUGAGUGAAUGGAAUACAGAUGAUAUCCUAUUGUAUGUGGGUCAUGAAGCUGCCCGUAAACCACCAUUUCUACAUACUCUCACAUUCUUCUUGCCAAAACUUGCAAGUUUUAAGUACAAAUCCAAAUAUUUGGGUUAUUGUGUUGCUUUUCGCGAGAAUACGCAACGAACACAAUGGCUAAAUGCAGUGAUCAGUUCGCAGCACGAUUUUCAGGAUACCUCUGCGUCACUGGUGCAAAUAUGA